AUUGUCCUGUGACGAUUUUAUUAAUUGUUCAGCAGUAUUAUGGCUUGGGGGUAGAAGCUGUUGAGGAGCUUUUUGGUCCAAGACUUGGCGCUCCGGUACCGCUUGCCGCGGUAGCAGAGAGAAAAGUCUAUAACUUGGGUGACUGGAGUCUCUGACAAUUUUAUGGGCUUUCCUCUGACACCGCUUAUUAUAUAGGUCCUGGAUGUCAGGAAGCUUGGCCCCAGUGAUGUAUUGGGCCGUUCGCACUACCCUCUGUAGCGCCUUACAGUCAGAUGAUAAGCAGUUGUCAUACCAGGUGUUGAUGCAACCGGUCAGGAUGCUCAAUGAUGUUGAAAUGUUGAAGUUGAUAUGGUGCUGGAAUAGUGGAGGCAGUUCCUGUUUUCUUUGUGACUUGCGGGAACUCUCCAUGGUUCUAAAUUAAUAGUUGUUUAGUUGUCUGAAUAUUUCAGAAACAUUAACUUGCUUGACCCUGCUGUAGGUCAUGUAACUGUCUGUUACAUGCAAUAUGCGUCGUGGACUUCACUGGACAGAGUUUGCUAUUCAGUUUUGUGAUAAACAAAGGUGUGGUUGAAUUUAUUCUGCCACUGUGUCUUCUUAUUGUCUCUGCCUUUAGGCCUAUAUAUCAUGGUCCCAAUGCGCAAAUAUGGCUUCCCCAGUGAUUUUACCCACACACUGCUACUGCAUAUCAGUAGGGGGCAGCAUAGAGACCCUGAGGGAUGACCGCUCUGGGAGAUGAAGUCGCAACUGGACCCUAUUGCUUCAGUGUGCCUGUUUUCCAUAUCUUAAGGCUGCCACUCCAGUGAAGAGCCACUGAUCUAUAAAUACCUGUCCUGUUAUUGUUUAGCCCCAACCAACACUGCACUCUGCUCACCAAUUAGCGUCACCACAGCAACCUACUCUAAUGAGAUGCAAACUUUCAAGCUGACAAACAAGUCUCAAUCUGGUUUACAUGUUAAUCUAUCACUUCCUUUUUAGAGAAUAUUUUCUCAUUGUUGAAGUAAUGGUAGUCUCAUUUCACAGCCACUGUACCUAUACCACAAAAAGUGAUUGGGAAGGGCAUUCAAUGCAAAAAAUAUAUUUUCUUUGUGUUCCAGUUUGGAAGGCGGCGCCGUGACCUAUUGAGUUGUACAGCAGCACUGCCAGACAGUGUCCUCUCCUUGCUCCCUCUCGUACUGUCUGUUACAAGCCCAGAUAACACCUCAAAGUUGUCUCACCCAGUAUAAAUAUUUUCCUCCUCUACCACUGUGCUGUAAAUCAUCAAUGGGGGAUUGAACAUUUACUUUCAAUUUACUUUAAAGGGCUUCUUAUAAUCCAAUAUGUGUUUAUUUUAAUUGAUAAUAUACUUUCCUUAAUGCAUUUUCAAGAUCAAGUUAAACCCAAACAUCAACAUAGAGGUUGGGUUAGAAAGUAAUAUACUAAAUUACCGAAAUAACAAUGGUGACACAUGGCUGACGUUUCCUGUCCUUUAGGGAUCAGUCAUUUUGAAUAAAAAGAAAAUAAAGGCACUGCCAGGGUUAGGAACAGAACAUUCUUGAAAAUGGCAUGUAAUUGGCUUCCAACAACAUCAGUGAGGAAUUCGAAGUGACUCACUCCAGCUAAUGCACUGCAGCGCCAUCUACUGGUGCUCUGUGGUUUGUUCUAUGGAGAAAGUAAUAGAAUAGAAAUAUCGAAUAAAGAACUGUGGCUCACUUCAAUUCUUACACUCAAAUAUUUGGCAGACGAAAUACACAGUGGUGUGUAUUUAAUAGUCAGGAGUGUUUGUUGCCGUCUUUCUCACCAGUAGUAGUAUUGUAUUGACUGAUUUUAUGUCCAGGCAUUGGGUUCAGUAUCUCAUUAUCAUCAUUUGCAAUAAAUAUAAAUGUGACAGCAGCAAUCCAGCUGAGGUACUUUACAGUGAUCAGUGUGUCACUUUUGCCCAUCCCUCUGUGCGUGCGUGGUCGUGUGUGUGUGAUCUGAUUGUGUGUGCAUGUAUGUGUAUGUCAGUGUGUGUAUGUAAGUGUGCGUGCAUCCAUGUGUGUGUGUUGAAGAUGAUGUGACCCACACAGCCAGAGGAUUGCCUUUCCGUAGACUCUUCUUGGCAGCUGCCUGCGUGCCGCAUGGCCUUCAAAGAGAAGUCAGAGGCCUACAGGGAUUUCCCUCUGGCUUUCCCACCAUGUGCACUGCGCUGCAGAGAGCCUAGCAGGGGAUGAGGAGCAGAGCACCAGGAAUGGGAAGGUAGUGGGUGUAGGAGGAGAUUCCUCUGUGAAAACCAAGGAAAACCAAGAGCCAGCCAUUGUAUCAGCAUGCUCCCCGUGGUAGUACAAUCUUUAUUUUAUCAUUAUAAUAAAUACAAGUGUCUGGAUUUACAGAGUCCACUGUAAUGUCGAGGCACUGUAAUCACCAAUGGCUAGGCUAGAAAGUCUAUUUCCUUUGAGAUAGUAUUCCUACAGUGUCAGAUCCGUGGCUUGGCCUCUUAGAUAACAUCUUAAACCAGGUGAAAAGCGAUACACCUCCUUCCUGG